AUGUUCGACUUUUACUACAGUCAGCUACUUAGCGAUCCUACAAAGUUCCAACCCCGCGAUGGCAACAGGUACAUCGAACUCGUCGAGCAUCCUGACGGUUCAGUCACGUACACGGAGCGGGAUGUUGACGAGCACCAAAUUGUCAGUUUGCUUCAGGACUCAGCAGGCAGUCAUACUUCCCAGCAAGCUGAGGCAAGGUCGUCAUUGAGACUCAUUAUCGGGUCUCCGGAAGAGCACGAAUCUGAUGCGAAGAUCCUCCCGCUUCCUUUUUCCAAGAACACGUUUGAAGCAAUUCGAACGCAAUGGAACAUGCCAGCAGAGCUCCUUCGGAUGAUGUUGAGCAGUCUACCUUUGAGUGUUCCCUUCAAGUCAACGACUGGCCCAGCUGGUGUCUUGAUGCGAGGCGCACGAUCCCGUGAUUGGAACUUCUGCAUCGCUCUCACCUAUGAUCCGGAGAGUAGAAGUACGCUGGGCCUGAUCAAUGGGAUGCAGGAGCGCGAGGUGCAGAAGCUGGUGACCUGCUUGCAACAGUCCAAGCAGCUAAUCGGGGAUCCAAUGCUUGUUCCACUAUUUCUGCUUGAGCUCCGUGUGCACUUCUUUGCCGUGCUUCUGGAGAAUCGAGCAGCUGGCAUAGAAGACAUUGAGUACGAAACCGGGAUGAGGCAUGGCUUCAGCCAAGAUCCACAACGCCAGAGACGACUCGACAGGGAUGUUCAGAAUAGACUGAGGACGCUCGAUUUCCACUCCAUCACAAGAAAGUUGACUGGCGUGACCGGGACAUUGUCAUUCUGCGACAUGGCCUUUGAAACGAGCCAGAAGGCCCUCGAUCUCAUCAAAGCAAUGCGGGCUACGGUCGAGGCCCCGGGAAGCGAGCAGGAUCCACAAUUUAUGGAUACAGUUCAAGGCAGAAUCGACUAUCUCGAGCAACUGAUUGCCGGCGCGAAUGCGCUAUCUGGUGUCCUCGACGCCCGCACCAAGGCGCAAGUGCAAACUGUGUACAGCUUGAUAGGACAACGCGAUAACUCUAUCACGAUGAACAUCGCAACAACUAGCUUGCAGCACAACCAAGCAAUGAACAAAAUUGCAGAGGACUCGAAGCAAAUCGCAAAGCUCACUCGGAGGGAUAGUGCAGAUAUGAGAAUCAUCGCCUGGGUGACUUUGGUCUUUCUGCCCGGUACAUUCAUCGCCACCUGUUUUGGGAGUAACCUCUUCCAGUUCAUACCAAGCACCUCGACAGACACGGUUGUGUCGAAGUGGAUAUGGCUGUACGCUGUUCUGACCACCACAAUCACCGCUGUUGUUUUGAUAGGGUGGUGGCAGUUCUCAAGAAGGCAAUGGCAGCGCAAGAUGCUCUUGACAGAAUAUCAUCCGCCACGACGAUACCAGAUCCUGAGAAACGCAGAUCGGUCAGCACAGCGGCUCAGGCGCUCGUUCCUCUCGAAAGCUCAUCCUUCAGUUUUGGGGCACCGAGAGAAAGGUCGUUUUCGAAGGGAUCGGCCGUCGACGAUGGUGUUGAGCCUUGUGCUGUAUUCGCAUCUCCAUGAUGAGACGAUUGACGUCGCAGAAGGUUUCGCUGCUAUAAAGUCAGGUUUUCAGACUGCGUAG